AUGGCCGCGCUGUCGCAGUCGUCGCCGGAAGUCCAUGUAACGGUUGAGGCCGAGGAGGAGGGCGGGCAGCGGCGGUCGUCGCGACUGCGGCGGCUGAGAACGACAGGCUCUAUCUCCCAGGGUGUGCUGGACCUCGAGUCGGCCUUUCUCUCGUCGGGCUCGAGCUCGGCGUCUGGCACGGAGAAGAGCGGCGGCUCGGGCUCGGGCUCGGGCUCGAGCUCGUCGUCAUCGACUUUUUCGUCCGACGAGGUUGCCGAUGGCGGUGAGGGCGCAAGCGUGCGCCAGCGCCGCCGCAAGGUCAAGGCAACGUCCGGCAACGACCGCAGCCGAUCCGAUGUCGACAAGCUGGCAAAGUUGGUCAAGCUCAAGCGCAAGCUGAAAGAAAAGGUUCAGGUUCUCAAGGCUCGCAAGGUCAAGGCCUACCUGAUCAAGCCAGUCUACGCCGAGUACUCGCGGGUCUCCAAGGCCAUCAAAGCGCUCAAGACCAAGCAGGCGCUCAGCGCGUUCCAGGUCAUUGAUACGGACGGCAACGGCACGCUGAGUGUCUCCGAGUUUGCCUCCCUUGUCCGCCGCAUUGUGCCGACCUUCAGCGACGCAGACGUCGACUCGGCCUUUUCUUCGCUCGACCUCGACGCGUCGGCCACCAUCUCGCGCGACGAGUUUGUGGCCUGGUGGGAAUCGUUCGACCGGACUGACAACAAGAUGGUCAACCUCCGCCGCAAGCUUGGAAACUGGGAGCAGCUUUCGGCCGCCACGGCUGAGGGCUCGAUGAGCGCUGGUCCGGAGCUGGGCAGCAGCUCGCCGCCAGUCAACUCGGUUGCCGCCCGCCGCGCCCGCCGGACCAAAGCCAAGCGUAAGCAGUCGUCGGCACUGCUCCAGCAUUCGCGGUCGGCGGUCUCGGUCCACCUCGCAGCCUCGCCGCAGUCGCCCGCAGGCACCUGGCCGCGCAUCUCGGCGUACCAAUACCGGCUCAAUCCGACCAAGCCGAGCUUGGCAAAGUACUUUCCGUUCUGGGAAGACUUUUACACUGCUCCGUUUCUAGUGGCGAGCAUCUCGCGCAUUCCUGUUGAGAUGCUGCUGCGGGUUCUGCUCUCGCCGCAGCCGUACCUGUACGAGGUCGCAGAUGCUGUCGCCCCCGAGGUCGACAUCCGAGUCUCGGAUCCGGAGCUGCUCCGCGUUGUCCUUGUCUCGUUUGAGGACUAUCUCUCGGUCGAGACGCUGCUUGGCCUCCUGCUCGAGCGGAUGACCUGCAUGCCGCUGGAUGCUGUGCCGGCGGAAGCGUUCAAGCCCUGGGCGCUCAGCGCCGCCGUUCUUGCCUUCCUCUACACGUGGGUAGUGACUGCGCCGUACAACUUUGAGCUCUCGGCGCGGCGGGCCCAGGCGCGUGCGGUGGUCAAAGCAACGGCGCCGGCGCCGGACAAGCCGGUUGUGGCUGCGCUCCAGCGCGCGGUCCUUAUCGAGCUCAAAGGUGUGGCGAGCGUGGUCAAGCAGAGCUACGCAGUCGAUCCCGAGUCAGUGGUGGCGUGUGGCAAGCCAAUUCCGUCGCCGGUCGUCCCGGUCUCGUUGCGGCCAACCCGGCUGAGUUUGGUCCGAAUCGGGCCGCUUGAGUUUGCGCGCCAGCUGACCCUCAUCAACUUUGAGGCCUUUAUGGCCAUCCGGCCCAACGAGUUUCUGCUCAAAGUCGACUCGCCGCACAUCCGGCUCUUUGCCGAGCAGUACUCACGGAUUGUGAACCUGGUGGCGACCCAGAUUCUGAUUGCGUCGCCGCUGGCGGCCCAAAUCGAGCUUGUGUGCGUUGUCAUCGACGCUGCGCUCAUCUGCUACACCUUUGACAACUUUUUUGGCAUGAACGCCCUGCGUGUCUCCCUCGGCUCGGCUGCCAUCGACCGGCUCUCGUCGCUCUGGUCCAUGCUUCCGCCGGCGUACGAGCGCCGGAUGAAGAAGCUGGAGGACAUCAACGCGCUCAAGAGCCACCACAAGCAUCUUCGCGAGGCCCAUGCCCGUGCGUCGCCGCCGGCCAUUCCGCUCACCUCGCUCUACGACCGCCGCAUCAUCACUAUCGACGUGGCCGAGACCAAGCGUGAGGGGGCCUACGAGCUGCUCAACGUCGACCGCCAACGGUACAUGGUGCAGGAGGUCGACAAGCUGGCCGCCUUUCGCGCCGGCCGCUACCUCAUCCAGCACAUCCCGGCCAUCCGUGACUUUCUCCUCACUGACGGCCCGGCAUGGGAUGAGGACCAGCAGUAUCAGGCCUCGGUCUCGCUCCAGCCGCCGGCCUCGUCAGCCUCGUCGUCGUCGUUCAAGAAGCGUCGCUCUUCGGUAGCUUUCAAGUUUACCGCGCCGCUCGAGCUCUCGGACAUUGUCAAGCCGGCGCACUCAUACCUCGACGACCCGGCCGGCCUCCCAGACCGAAUCCACUCGCUGUCGGUUGUCACGCCCGACGCCGUCCGCGCUGCCACGCCCAAGCAGUUUCGGCGCAUCAAGCACAUGCGGUCGGCGUCGUCGGGCGACAUCGAUGCCAUGCGCAGGUCCGAGCCGCUGCGGCCCGUCCUCAAGGGCUCGCCCCCGGUGACUCUCUCCUCCACGCCGCCGCUCGCUGUUGUCGAGCAAGUUGCGCUCCUCUUCCGUCCGCUCAUCACUGCUCUCGCGCCAAGCGCACUAGUUGAUGCUGCCUUGGCCAUCGUGCCGCUUGAUGCCGACGCCGACGAGGCUGACGUUCUCGUCGCCAUCAAGGACGCGCCGGCUUCUGUUGUGGCUGCCACCGAACUAUACACCCACAUCCGUGCCCUGGUCGCCAGCGAGGUGCUGACCGGCGACACGCCGCGCGCCCGCGCCGAGCGCAUCUGUUGGGCUGUCGACCUUGCCCGCGCUGCCGUUCUCACCGGCACCUAUCCGCUCCUUUUUGCCGUCGUCGCCGUCCUUGACUCGCCGGCCAUCCGCUCGCUCAAGCGCACCCAGUCUGUGGUGCCCGCCCCGGUCGAGAACGCCCUCGCUCAGCUCAUUGCGGUGUGCAAGGACCACUCUGAGCACGCCGCCUACCUCUCGCUCCUCCGCUACUCGGCCGGGCCCGUCAUCGUCCACCACAUCUGCCACCUCCGCAUCCUUGCCCGCAAGUUGGCCUCGAUCCUGGAGGCCGCCGCCACCGCCGAAAACGCCAUCAUGGCCGCCGAGCUCCUCUAUCCGCACCGGACCGAACCCGACACCGCCAUCGCUGCCACUAUCCAAUUGUAUCAUCCCAAGUACGGCCUCGAGCCGCAGCACUGGGCCCUAGCUUCCAAGCACAUCCUCUCGGCUGCCUCUUCAUCCAAGGUUGGCAAGGUGGAGCACAGCCUCUGGCGCGCAGCAUCAACCCGCCAGCCGGAGGAUGUUCUUGCAGACAUUUUCUCGGCCUGA